AUAUUUGUAUAGAUAAUCGAUGAUAAACGUGAAAAGAAACCAGACAUUUCUACAACACGAAAAGACCUACUGGAUCGUCUUCUUGAGGCUGUUGAUGACGAGACUGGCCAAGGUAUGGAUGAAGAAGAGCUAUUUGGCGAGGUAUUCACAUUUUUAUUUGCUGGCCACGAAACAAGUUCUGUUGCCUUGUCUUGGAUCUUUUAUCAUCUUGCUCAAUACCCUGACAUUCAGGAAAAAAUCCGUCGGGAAGUUAAAGAGACAUUAACCGAACAAGAAGGGAGUUGGGAAGCCUACGAAUCAAUGGAGUAUCUUGCAGCUGUGAUAAACGAGUCAAUGCGUCUUCGACCUCCAGCUGCUGUAUAUCGUAGAAAAGUAAUUCAAGACGAUAACAUUCUAGGCUACAACAUACCUGCUGACUCUGUGAUUGUCAUUCCACCCUACGUUCUCCAUCGCAAACCUGAAUAUUGGUCGGAUCCGGAGACCUUCAAUCCGGAUAGGUUCCUGGAAUCAAGUAAGUGAUUCAGGCAAGCUAAUGAAACUGGCAUUGCUGUGUUAUUUCAAAAGUUUGCAGUUUAAUAUUGUUAAAUUGUUUGUGUGUUUGUGUAUAUUUGCUUCCUCAGUAUUUAGAAAAUAUUCAUCAACACCAGGCAAAAUUGUAUUUGUAACCUGUAAAUAUCGUAAAUGCUACUACAAUCC